ACAGCUCGUAAAGUAUGCAGCGAGGCAGUUCGGUGUGAGUAUCGUUUCGAAUCGCCUGUUACUCGCGCAGACUGAAUGGGCAGGAUUUACGACGCCUGACAGCAGAAGCGCCUUUCAUUUUGCAGCAUAGUUCUCUAGUGCGCCUCCCUAAAUAGACUUUCGGCACAGAUGCAAAGAGGGCAAGCUUCGCGGUAGCUGGCAUUGCUGUGUCAGAAAGCAAAAAAAAAAAAAACACCUGGACGUCACGUUAAAUUGGUUCUCGGAGGUAUGAUUCUCUGAAAUCUAGGAGUGUGGGAAAAAGGACAGGAAACUGUGUGGCGCGCAAUUGUCGAAUGUGGGACUCAUUGCGCUGUCCAAGGUUUUGAAAACCCUGCUGUUGCUUUUCUGCGGCAAGACCAUGAGUUGAGAUUGAAAGCCGUUUCGAACGAGGCAAGAAUACGAGGGAAGAGCCAACCGCGGUGAAUGCUGAAUGCAUGCGCCUAGGUCUCUCUACAUACACUAUUCAGGGUAAAUGGGAUUUCACGUUCACCAAGCAGUAUGUAAAGAUUGGUUGAAGGAUGGAGAAAACAGUUUUAUCUGCUACGCUGCUGUUCCUGAGCUGUCUCGGUGUAUCUUUGGUUCAUGCGGACAGUCUGUCAGCUCCCCUCAAUGUGACUAUCAGGGAGCUUAAGGUGAACUCGGCGGUGGUGACAUGGGACAUCUUUGAAGGGGACCCCGUCAUUGGAUUCGCCAUUACGCAGCAGAAGAAGGACGUCCACAUGCUGCGCUUCAUCCAGGAAGUGAACACCACAACCCGCUCCUGUGCAUUAUGGGAACUGGAGGAGGACACAGACUACAUUGUGCAUGUGCAGUCUAUCAGCCUGAGUGGCACCAGCCCUCCCAGUGAGCCUGUGCGCUUCCGCACCCCAAAGGAGGCUGAAAAACUGGCCUCCAACAGUCCAGACGAGGUGACCAUACAGCAGGUGGGGCAGAGCGCCCAGCUGAGGGCAGGGGAGCUGAUCAUCAUUGUGGUGGUGCUGAUCAUGUGGGCAGGUGUGAUUGCUCUAUUCUGCCGCCAGUAUGACAUCAUAAAAGACAACGAACCAAACAACAACAAGGAUAAAGCCAAGAACUCGUCAGAGUGUAGCACUCCAGAGCACCCAACGGGGGGGCUGUUGCGCAGCAAGGUCUAAUCAACCCCCCUCCCACCACCACCAGGCCCCAGCCCUGAGCAGCUUCCCAAGAGCUACAGAAGGCCAUACUGCCCAUAUUCAUGCAAAGGGAUUCCAAAUCAUCAGAGAUUCCAAGUCAAGGGAACAACCAAACAAAAGGCAUUCUGGGAAGAGGCAGGAAUUAUGGGAGUGUUCUCUGAGCCCCGCUGUCCCCGUCCACCCCCUCCUGCCCAGCAGGCGGUGGUCUGAACAGGGAGCUCCUGUGGGUACAGAGAGACAAUGGCCAGACUUGGUCGGACCUGUGAAACUCUUCUUCUACAGGGACGAACCGCCACCCAGAGUGCACCUCUCUGCUCCAAUGCAGCAGCGCAGAUAAGGUGAGAUCUGUCGGCCAUGAAGAAGUAGGCAGUGAAUACACUGAUGUGGGGAGGAAAGGAACAUUUUUCUCAGCUUUCUCUUCUUAUCAGUAAGCAAGGAGGACUUCCACUUCCACUCUUCACUGCCACUGCCUUUUCCACUUUUUAACUCUUCUGCUUUUCUGAGGUGGGAGAGACUUACUUCAAAUUAUCUAUUUUCUGUUUUGAUUCUGUCUCUCUCUCUCUCUCUCCCUCGCUCUCUCACUUCUCUCUCUGGCAUUCUGCUCUUUUUGUUCUCUCUUCACUCUGGUCUCCCUAUCUCCCUUCUCUCUUUUACAUGUCUACAUUCAUGAAUGGUUUUAGUCUGAACUUUAUUAGACAAGUACCAUGAAUUUGUCAUUAGAAUGAAAGCUGUUCCUAUUUUCUGAAACUUUAAAGCUUUAUUUAAUCCUGAAACCAUGUGAUAGUCAAUGAGAUCUCUUCAGCACAAGAGAUUACUCUUUUCAAUAAGCACAUAAAUCACAUAUUUUUCUUUUUUUAGUAGUAUUGGUAUAAUCAUUUUAAAUAUAAGAUGGUUAUGGUUCUGGUUCUGGUUGAUUAUGAUAACCAUAAUUAUCACUGUUGUUAUUAUUUGUAUUAGUAAUGGUAGUGUAAGCCGUAGCAAUAUCAGUAUUAUUUCGGUCACUUUGAAUAAUUCAUUUUUCAAAAACAAGAGCUGCUAAUACAGUUGUUGAUGAAAAGCAAUCGCACGCCUGGCAUCUCUGUGUUUUUGUCCCACUUAUUGUAAUGCUUCAUCUGUUUCCUUCUCUCUGGCAUAACAAAGCCAACCUUGGAAGUUUUGUGAUCUGUCAGAUUUAGACAUCUCUCCAAAAGGUAUUAAAGGUGAUGUAAAGCCUUAGACGAAAUCUCCAAAGUUACCCAGAGAAGAAACUUAAUCAGUCUUGUAGAUAUUUUGUAGGGUGUCAGCAUUGCUCUUGACCCUGAGAGCAGAGAUAAUCACUGCAGUGACAAGAUGUAUGUCUUUAGUUCACACAAGUUGACCAAUGACUCACAAUGAUGAGGAUCAGCUAUUCAAGAUAAACAUGUUCAGUGUUCAAGUGGUCUGAACUGGAGUUUUACACAGCUAGUGUGCUCAUUGUCAUUGAUUCAAUAAGAUUUCACUGAACAGCAAUAAGUCCAAGGUCAAAAAAGUCAAGAGACAUGAUUCACAAGACCAGACAGCUCAGGCUUUCUAGUGACAGGCAGAGCACAUGGAGGAGCUUCCCUCUGUCGAAAGCUCAUUCCACUGCAGGCUGACACACAGCAUAGAAUCCUUGUCGCUCCCCUUCAUCCUUUCAGCCCAGCUGAUCAAGGGCAAACCCCGUCGGCUCAGCCCCAUUCUGCAAACUGUGCUGGCCUUCUUACAAGUGGGCUGUGGCCAGAGUUACCAGGCUGCUUAGUAACCUCGCUGCUAAAGAUAUAAGCUGUAACAUUGAAAUCAACACUUUGUAAAUAAUUAACAGUGAAAUGACCUUGUUUGAAACCGUGAAGCAGCGCAGAGGGAAAAAAAAUAGGGAAUAAAAAACUCUAGCAUUUGAAAAAAACUUCACGAAUGAAAGUGAAGUUGUGUGCAAUUAGUCUGUACAGCACAUACUGGUGUGGUCAGCUGUGUCUUCAGGUUGAACCAGCCUGGUUCCAGCUCAGCAGAGGUAGAGUGAACAGAGUCUCAGUGGACCCAUAUCUUAACACAACAGAGCAAACGCCUCAGCUUUUCAGAAAGCAGUUUUCCUAUCCAGCUGUAAUUUCCUCUCUGAACGGAUAUGCAAAGUGUUACACGUCUUUUGACUUUUCGUCUUUUUGGGAGAAGCGCCAUCCACCAUACCAUUGUUGGCCAUCAUCAUGGACCCCCGCCACGAUCGCCAACCGUUCAUGUGUUUGCCCACCCCAGGCCACCUCCCACCAACUCCGUUUGCCUUGUUAUCACGGGUGACCCUUCUCUGCGUCACCAGACAGAAGGACAGAUAUUUAAGAGGAAGCACAGAGCAGGCAAGCUCCGCCCCUCUAUUGCCCUCUACAGCACAGUUGCCCUAUUGCAUUUGUCUCUGCCACCAGGACCAGAAGUGACCUGAAGGUGUCCAUCUGCUGGGCUUUCAACAUGUAGCAGAGCAGAUACGUUCCUCAGACAGCUCAUGCAUAUGAAAAUGACAAAACCGAAAGUCUGGAAUACUGUAAAACUGCCUUAAAUUCCAGGCUGAUGGUUGGAAUUUUUAAUUCUGUCUCUUCACAAGGAAUUUUCUUUUUAUAUAUCCAAUAACCUGUUGUUGAUGUGUUUGUGGAGCGGUUGUUUGAAAAUGCUGUGAUAUUACAGAAAUUCAGUUAUUUUACUGUAUUAAUUUAUAUUGCUGCAUUAAUUUGUCUCAUCUGUAGAAACUAAAAGGCCUGCAUUCGUUUGUGAAGGGACAAGGUUAGGGAAGGCACUAUUAGCAAUGGGACCUUGAUCACUUGAUGUCAGUUUUGGUUAGCAACCAUUUGCUGCUACUAUUUUCUGUUCACUCAUACUCCUGGUAAUCUGUAUUUAUGAAUAGUACUGGUGUUGUUCAAAUCAAAAUUAAAGCCAGCUUACUAAAGAUUCAAAUGAGCUUGACAUUUUUUGAAAAAGGCCAAUACUUCUGGUGAGUUCCGGGCAUGUCCACAACCAAUACCUCUGGGCACGGCUACCGGGGAGGAGACCCAGGGGCAGACCUAGGACAUGCUGGAGGGAUUAUAUCCACCGGCUGGCCUGGGAUUUCGCCUUGGGAUCCACCGGGAAGACUUUGGCGGAAGUUGCUAGGGAGUGGGACGUCUGGGCUGCUCUGCUUGCCCUGUUGCCACCGUGACCCUAUCUGGAUUAAGCAGUCAGAAAAUGGAUGGAAGGAUGGAUGGAUGGCCCUCAACUGCUGUAUUGUUAGGGGCAGGGAGGGGGGGUAUUGGUAAUUCUAAGUGCCAGUGCACAUAGUCAGUAUGCUGUCAGCUUCAAGAAAUGAAAUGAAAAUGAAACCCAGGAAAAGUAAUGGAUGUUCGAUUCAUUACAGACUUUCAGGACAGCUGUCAGAGCCUUCGAUUUUCCAUCCGCCCUUUGUGUCCUUACGGCCAACCAAUAGCUUGACCCUGAGAGUAGAUGCCUUACCGAUGCUUACUGACUUAUCCUGGAAAACAUCACAUUAAUUUGCAGCUCUGACAGGAUAUGCAUGUAAAAUGAUAACUCCAAGGUAAAGCACAUCAUUUAACCUAAAAACAGCCCAAGGUUUCCUUUACCUGUGACUGUGUUUCAUCCCUGUCACUCCCUCCGGGUGAGAACUGCACAUUUCUCUUUUAAUGACUGAUAAUUAACCUUGGCUGCAGGGAGAACAGCAGGCGGUGGUAUGACAGAUAGGCAAUAUCAAUAUUCCAUCCCUGUAGCUUAUUUAAGAAAGCCAGAGGGGAAGGAUGCCAGCAGAAUGAUGGCUGAUGUUUACAUUUAUUACAUUCUGACUUUCAGUUUCCCUCCCUCUUUGUCUCUAUGCUUCACUCUCUCCCAAAAACAGCCUCAGUUUGAGGGUGAGAUAGACUCUUCCCAUCAGUCAGCUGAACUGCAGUACAGUGGAGGGAGGGACACGCAUUUGAUUGAUAUGUUCUAGUCUUGUGCAGUGUUUCAUCUGCCACAUUAACAAACUUAUAAAUGACGUAAACUGUGUAAAGCAUUCCUGAAAGGCAGAAACUGUCGGAGCGUAAGGCCAGUAGUGCAGUGGCCUUUCAAUCGAUCAGUGCUUGCCUUCUUUUUAAGAGAUCAUAGAUACAAAUGAUCUGCUUGGAUGCUUCAUUUGAGCUGAAGGAAUUUUCCGUCGCUGUUUUUUUAAAUCCCUGUGAGCACGGACACCCUUUCUGUCUAUUUUGUGCUUUUUGUAAGCUCCUUCUUUGAAUCAGCAUGCAAAAGCUGAUGUGAAUGCAAGCUUAGUGGCUGUUUGUAAAUAGAUUACUUGCCUUUGAAUUCAAUGUGAAAUAUUUCGAGUAGACUCCUUCACUGCAGUGCAGUAAGGGUGAGUAAUUUUGUUAAUCUGUAAUCGCAUUUGGAUAGUCUCAGGCUUACGGUACGGUUUCGCACAACAGUACAGAGCAGGUUAAAGGCCCAAAAGUGAAUUGGAGGCAGAGACAUGUAGUAGCAUUCAAGGAAAGUAAAAUCACUCACAGUCCUGUUCCACACUAAUGGAUGACUUGGGCUAGGGUUUUUAAAAAAAAUGCAACCUGAAUUCUACUACAGUUGUUGCCAUCUUCUGAACCAUUCCCACUGUCGCCACAAAGCGUGUUCCUUUUGGUGCAUUCUCUAGCACAAGGUCCUGUAAUCUUCUGAUAUUCUUACAGGCCAAGCCAUGGAAUUGUCUGAAAAGAUGAUGCUACUCACUUCUGGCAUGGGACCUCAAUAAGAAAUAGUAAAGUGUUACAGAACUCUGCUUUGAAUAAAAACUACUAUGGGGGAAAUAUUCUUACAGUACACUGGCUUUUUCCACAUACAAACACAGCACUCUUCUUUAUAUAUUCAGUUUUAUUUUAUUUUUCAUGACAUCAAUACCCAAAAUGAAAAUCAAGCGGUGGUUUUUUCUAUGGGAUGCAACAUGCUGCACUGUCAUAAUAAAGGAGGCUGUUCUUUCGUACAACACAAUUGUUUUAGGAGAAACCUCUAUUUGUGACCAAAUUAUGAUUCAAAUCAUACAAUGCCAAAGGUCCUUUAAAAACACCAGCCCUUAUACAACAGUAGUAUGUUGAAUAUGAAGUAUAAUUUCAAAUAGUGAAGUGUUUAUCUGUGUGUUUCUGUAAUCUUCUGAAUAUCACAAAAGGACAGACAUAGAAAAACAUUCUAAAAUAUAUGAGUAUAGAUUAUUUUCCUAAUAAAAGCGCAAAUGGUUAAAAUGCUUAUUUGUUUCAUGAAGCUCUGAUGUAUUUUGGUCCUGGCAUUGAAAGGUUAAAGCUCUAUUUCAUGACAGCCUAAAUGUAUGAUCCAAUAUGACAUUAGAUCAUGGAAAGUAACACUCUAUCUACGUCUGUCUCGCUCUCUCAAUCGGAACAAUUUUUUCUUGAUUUUGCAUGUGUUAUCAGAGGGAGAAUUUUUCAAUAAUGCCAAACAAAACUGGGUUUUUAAUGUUUAGACCAUUCCUUGUCCAUUUAAGUUUAAGUUUUUACUCAAACCUAGUUCUAACUCAAAACAAGACACUUUUGUAGACCAGUUUAGAAAGGUUGUCUGGUGAGAUAAAGAUAAGUUUAUAUAAGUACACAAAAUCAUUGUUUACCCUUACGAAAUUUCUUUUUUUAAAAGUUCAAAAACCAUUUGUCCAAAAACCACAUGUGAAGAGUACAUGUGAAGUAUAAAAAGAAUCCCUCUUAUAACAUGAGAGCGGGAAAAGGUAUGCUAUGCUAUUUCAAGUCACAUAUUUUGUUAAAAUUGUCGUUUGAAAAAGUCAGUCACGUGUGAAAAUGUUUUUCUUGAUUUCAUGUCACAUAUUUUGUGGAAAUUUUCAUUCACGUGAAAAAAGCCAAUCACAUGCGAAAAUGUCCAAUUGACAGUUUUUUUUCACUUGUGAAUAUUUUAAUUCUCAUUAAAAAUAUUCUCUUAAAUUGUGAUUUUCUCACGUGAAGGCAAAUUUCGUGAUUUUUUGUGUACACACUUUUUCCCACAAAAAGGUCCACAAAAUCGCAUGGCAAAAGGAAAGAAUUAUAUUUUAUGUGAAUAAAACAGUUUAUAUUUAGUGUAUUUAAACUGGUAGUUAAUUGAAAGCUGUUUAAUGAGGGCUAGCAUGUAUCCGCUUCAGUAUACAAUCAUGUUACCCAAUUUCUAUUGAGAACUGCAUAGUGGACUAAUUAUGUAUCAAAUGUAAAUUGAAUAAAGUUAUCUAAUGUUUUCAAGA